AUCGGCCAACAGGCUCGAGGCAUUUAUAUUAUGAUACACCUCUAUCCGUUUCUCCCUUUCUCUUCCUCACCUGCACAGCGUGUUGAGCGACGAACACGAUGGACAGCCCCGGCGGGCCAACUACGCCGCUCACCUGGCCGAACGUCGGCCUCGCGUUUUCCUUCAUCCUCUUCGACGCCGUCGUAUCAGUGACGUUUGGACUGGGGGUGGGCAGCAGCCUCGUCACGGCGGCAGUGAGAUGCGUACUGCAGCUGAGCUUGCUGGCGCUUAUCUUGGACAAAGUGUUCUCGACGAAUAAUCCUUGGGCGGUUGCGGGAAUUGCUGCUCUAUUGAAUUUGAUGGGUACUAUCGAGACUGUAAUCAACAAGUCAAAAAAACGAUACACACAAAUGUUUCCGUCUGUGCUGCUCGGCAUGCUGGGUUCGACGAUCCCUGUCUCAAUUAUCGGUACUCGUUUUGCAAUGUCUGUCGAUCCGUUCUGGAAGCCAGAGCAGUAUAUUCCGAUCGUUGGAAUGCUGUGUGGAGCCACAAUCUCUGGUAUCGUGAUCUCAGUUUCUUACGUGCUGAAAGAGUUAUAUGAUAACCAAGACAAAGUCGAGAUGUAUCUCGCUUUCGGUGCAUCACGAAUGGAAGCCUGCAAACCUAUCGCGAAAGAGGCUCUCCGCCUUGCUCUCACUCCCAAUGUGAACCAAAUGAGCGUGAUUGGACUCAUCUCCAUCCCAGGAAUGAUGACAGGUGCCAUCCUCGGAGGCUCUUCCGUCGAGCAAGCUGCCCGGUUGCAGAUGGUCAUCAUGUUCAUGAUCUCCUCAUCCACCGCGUUGUCCUCUAUCGUUACCACCGUCCUUGCAUUGGGUGUGGUGGUCGACGGGGAGCAUCGUGUGCGCUCAGACCGUAUUGAUUCCCAGCAGCAUGCAAUUUGGCGAGCCCGAGACGCUGCCUUUGCCAAGGUGUCGAAAAUGGUGAAGGACCUCACACAUAGGACAUGGAGAAAGGCGCGGCCGAUAUUUAGGCGAGGAAGUAGCAGUUACCGAAGCAUCGAGGAGGAGCCCGCCAAUGUACUGGAUGACCGAGGGGAUAGGGAGAGACUGCUACCCAGUUGACGAAGUGGCCGCUGGCGGUCUGGUUUGAAGGAAAACAUUUUUGCUAUGGUCGCGUACAUUCUGCCGUUCACUGUUCUUACUCCGUUGGAAGUCCCGCUUCUGGACUUCUUUAAAACUGCUGUAUAUGGUAACCUAGCUGCCAAAUGUUUGAUGAGAUCGGAGCUGAUCGCCGA